GUCCGGUUUCCUCAGUGUGCUCUGCAAGCGAGGGGGUGGGGGUCAAAGAUACGCAGAGAAACGGGCUGCUGGUGGCGAAGAUGGCGGAUGGGGACAGUGGCAGUGAGCGCGGUGGUGGUGGCAGCAGCAGCGGCGGCGGCGGAGGUGGAGGAGGAGGAGGUGGAGGAGGUGCAGGAGGUGCAGGAGGUGGAGGAUUUCAGCAUUACCAGCGGGAAACGGAGACCCAGGAGCUGGCCUCGAAGCGGCUGGACAUUCAGAACAAACGCUUCUACCUGGAUGUAAAGCAAAACGCCAAAGGCCGGUUCAUCAAAAUCGCCGAGGUCGGCGCAGGGGGCUCUAAAAGUCGGCUGACCCUCUCUAUGUCAGUUGCGGCAGAGUUCCGCGACUACCUGGGGGAUUUCAUAGAGCACUACGCCCAGCUUGGGCCUAGCACACCGGAGCAGAUCGCUCAAUCAUCCGGCGGGGAUGACACCGGGCCUAGACGGGCCUUGAAAAGCGAGUUCCUGGUGCGUGAGAACCGUAAAUACUACCUCGACCUCAAGGAGAACCAGCGGGGUCGGUUUCUCCGGAUCCGACAGACCGUCAACCGAGGCCCCGGUUUUGGAGUUGGAGCGGGUGGCAUCCCCGGUGCUGGCCUCCAGUCCGGACAAACCAUCGCACUCCCGGCCCAAGGCUUAAUAGAGUUCCGCGACGCCUUGGCUAAGUUGAUUGACGACUACGGGGGAGAUGAGGAGGAGCUGUCCGGCGGCGGAGGGGCCGGGGGCUACAGCGAGCUUCCAGAGGGCACCUCGAUCAUGGUGGACUCCAAGCGCUUCUUCUUUGACGUGGGGUCCAACAAGUACGGAGUUUUCUUGCGGGUGAGCGAAGUGAAGCCCAGUUACAGAAACUCUAUAACCAUCCCCUUCAAGGCGUGGAGCAAGUUCGGGGGAGCAUUCAGCCGCUACGCCGAGGAAAUGAAAGAGAUCCAGGAGCGGCACCGGGAUAAGAUGUACGAGAGGACACCUGGAGAGGAAUCGGAGGGCGACGACGUGGAAGACGAUUGAUGGAGAGGUGGCUAUAUUGUGAUGAAGCUGACAACAUAAUGCAAAGCCUGGCGAUAAACAAGAGAGAGCAACGACUAUUCUGUGCAUGACGAAUCGAAAAAUGCUACAACAACGGAGUAAAACAAAAACAUAUAUAUAUAUAUAUAUAUAUAUAUAUAUAUAUUUGACUGAGAAAUUACUGUCUAUAUCAGAGAAUCAUGUCCUAAAGUUUAGAUGGAUGUUAUAGCUAAAUGAGUGGGGACUGCAGUAGUCAGCUCCUGUAUGAGAUCCCCCAUUGAUAUAACAUUUUUAGAUAUAUAUAUAUAAAUAUAUAUUAACUUUGUAUUUGAUAACCUCACAUGUAGCCCAGCAAAUUAAGUUUGACAGUACUCAAGAGAUACACCUAUAGGUUACCAGACCCACCUCCAAUGGUGAGAGCUCACCUGGGGCUGACCUGUAGUCUGUGUUAUGAUAAUAAGGAAGUGUGACAUACUCAUACCAGCAGGAGCAGAGUGGGAAUGAGACAGAGCGCCUGCAUCACUCACCAUGGUUGUGUGUGCGUUUUUUCGUCUAAAGUGACCUGUAACAAAUGGCUUGCCCAGACAGACCCACAACACCCAGAGCCACCGUCUCAGCUAUAGAGGGAAUCCUUGGCAUCUCAGGACAUCCACUAAGCCCAGCGAGGUGAUCUGUUACAAGCACAUUUAUCAUUUGGAUUCUCUGGACAGUCCAUUUGACUCCAAACGACCUCCUGCCCCCCCUCUCCCUCCUGGGCAUCCCUCCGGUGCUAACCUCCUGCUCUGAUAGCUGAUACGUGGGCCUCCUUACGCGUGGCUCGUUUUGUCAGGGCUGGCUAGUCCAAUCUGUAUUCCUGAGUAUAUUAGCAUUUCCUGUGCCUGUGCAUCAUCCUUAAGAGGUUCUGGCUGCAGAUCUGGUCAGCAAGGUGCUGCAGUCGAGACGUCUGUGGCAACUGAUGAUGUUUCAUAUGAUGCAGGCCCACGUUUCACCCCUGUGACCUUUUCAUCAUAGGGGGCACGGUGAGCUCGGGCCUUUAGCACCCGUCGCAAUUUUUCCAGUUAAAUCUUAAUAUGCCGGGCUUGAGCUAUUAUUUAAGAUGCGCCAUUUGGAUCCUUUAUUCUUGAACUCAGACCAUUAUUGAAGCAAUAUUCAGUCUGAUUGAUUGUAAGAAAAAAAUUAGGUCCUCUUGGAAAACAAAGCUGUUACCUUAAAAAAAUAUAUACUGGAAGAGAUUUACUUACUUAAUGAUCAAGUAUAGAUUUAAUUAUUUUUCAAAAGAGAUAUAUUAAAAGAUGUCUUGGAAUUAUGAGACAUUUAUUAGAUAAUGCUGCCUAAAGUGGCUUAUUUAAAACACUAAACUUGGAUGCAACUGUCCAGGGUGAUAUUUCAUGCUUUUUUCCCUAACAUUUAUUUUAUUCCUUAGAGGAAAUUAAGAAGAGUACAAACAAAUUGAUAACAAAGUAUGUUAUAGCAAUUUCUAGAAGCAACUUCACUGAAGUAGUUUCUCAGCAAACACUCAGCACUCCAGUUCACUUUACAAAGCAUCAAGUUGUCCCCUCGUUUCAAUCCACUCGUUUUAACCAUGUUUUGUCACAAAUUGGCUUUCCAUCAGUUGCCAUAUGACGCAAACAAAAACUUGCAAUCAUUGACAUUUGUCUUCAGUGCUCCUUUUUAAAAAUAUGAUUAUUUCUGCAUGCAUGCUCUUAUGCGGAGCUGCCUUGUGUUCUUUAAUUUAGCAUAUUCUGAUUACUGUAUGAUGGUAUCUAUCCAUUUUUGAGAGCCGUUUAAAGUUUUAUUUCUUGCAAUGGAAACAUUUUAAGUUUACUUCUCAGCCUGAUAUAAAAAAAAAAGCCACAAAGUCUCUGUGCUUUGGGGAAUGUUACUUUCAUUGUCCCACUUCCUUUGGUGUGUAAAUCUCUCGUUGAAUUGUAUUUGACCCACUUUAACACAGCAGAGAAAUGCCAUAUGAAAAAAGUUAACACAUGGGAGCAAUAGUUUUUUUCUUCUUUUCUAUUGAUAUAAAUAUACUAUAUAUAAUGUUACAUAUGAGAUUGAACUACAUCCUUCUUCCUGUACUGUGUUACGUGAAAUGGCAGCUGUUUCAGUUAUGUGUGUUCUGCUGUAAUAUUCUACCGAGUUCCUUUCAACGAGAAAUAAAAAAGGUUUUUGCUCAGGA